GCAAAUCCACUUUAACCUUUGAUACCCCAAAAAGAAGCAGCCCUAAUAGUACUGCAAUUUUGCCAAAGUUUGCAACUUUAUGAGUCUGUAUAGUAAAUUAUCAUCAGCAUUGCAAAACCCAAAUUUCAAUUUUUCCUUCUCUCCAUUUCAACCUCAAAAAAAUCUGAUUUUUUUUUCUUUCAGUAUUGAAUAGUAUUGAUUAGCAACCGUGGGCACAUACAUACCAAGAGUGAGAGAUUGGUUUGUGUGUAUGGUAGCUGAGUGACAUGUCUUUAUAUUGUUCAAGCUUUGCUACAAUUAUCCCACGUCUCUUUGGAACAAGAAGAACAACAAGAUACGAUGAUGAUGCCUUCUUCACACUCUCCCAUGUUGAUUUAGUACAAUCUGGUUCAGGUUCAUGUUCUUGUUCCAUUUCACCCCGCAGCUACAAUUUCUCAAGGCACAUUGGUUUUGUGUCAAAAUUUGACCAGCCUUGUUCUUCUCCUGUCAUGGAAGAGGAGGAGGAACAUGAGAAAUUGCUUAUUUUCUCUGAAGCAGAGGAAUAUUCUAAGGAAUUAUAUGUUGCUGUCAGGGCAGUGCAGAUGGCAUGUUCCCUUUGCCAGAAAGUGCAGGACAAUUUGAUUUCAAAAACCAGCACCAAUCAUCAGGUUCACUCCAAGGAUGAUAAUUCUCCGGUUACAGUUGCAGAUUGGAGUGUCCAAGCAAUCGUCAGCUGGAUAUUGUCCGAGUGUUUAGGGAGUGAAAAUAUCUCAAUUGUAGCUGAAGAAGAUGUUCAAACUCUCUCCAAGGCUAACGCAUCUGAGCUUUUAGAAGCUGUGGUUAGAACUGUUAAUGAAUGUCUUGCUGAAGCACCUCAAUUUGGAGUUCCGAAGCCAAAAUCAGCGCUUGGGGCUUCACAGGUUCUUGAAAUCAUUAGUCGCUGUAACUCAAUUGGAGGCUCCACUGGAAGAUUUUGGGUACUGGAUCCUGUUGAUGGCACAUUAGGGUUUGUUCGUGGAGAUCAAUAUGCUGUUGCUUUAGCACUCAUAGAGGAUGGAGAAGUGGUGCUUGGUGUUCUUGGGUGUCCUAACUACCCAAUGAGAAAGGAAUGGUUAAGUUAUCAACACCGCUAUCAUAGGAUUGUAGCCAAGCUGACUCCUCCAACUUCUCAAAGUUGGAACAAAGGUUGUGUGCUAUAUGCUAAAAGGGGAAGUGGAAAGUCUUGGAUGCAACCGCUGGUCCAUGUCGACAAGAAGUUUGUGUGGCCAAACUAUGCAAAACAAGUUUCUGUCUCUUCCAUUGACAAUCCAGCACUUGCCACUUUUUGUGAACCAGUUGAGAAGGCCAAUUCAAGCCAUUCCUUUACGGAAGGACUGGCUCAAAGUGUUGGUCUCAGGAAACAGCCAUUAAGAGUAUACAGCAUGGUGAAAUAUGCAGCAAUAGCUCGUGGGGAUGCCGAGGUUUUCAUGAAGUUUGCGAGGGCAGGGUAUAAGGAGAAAGUAUGGGAUCACGCGGCAGGUGUUAUCAUCAUACAAGAAGCUGGUGGGAUUGUAACAGAUGCUGGAGGACUUCCCUUGGACUUCUCAAAAGGCUUAUAUUUGGAAGGCCUUGAUCGUGGUAUAAUUGCUUGUUCUGGAUCCAUACUCCAUAAAAAGAUCGUCGAUGCCGUUGAUGCCAGCUGGGGCUCUUCUAGCCUUUGAGGUUGUUUCUUUAAUGGUUUAAACCACAGGUAUUCUGCACUCAUGCAAACUUGUUCGAGGCAGUUAGGAUCACUAUGGGCGGCUAAGCUCUAUCUAACGCAGGUUGUUUCUAUCAACGUAAAUGUACACACAACAAAUAAUGUGAAUAGUAUUUUAUCUUUUAUUUCAGUUUUACAUAAUAAGCUAGGACCCCCUGGUUCACCUUCAGUAUUGGUAACAGCAUGCCAGCUUGUUAGCUGCAAUAACUAUUAUUUGGCAUUACGAUAACACCAGGUUGUCAUAAUUUCUUAGCAUUCUGAAUGCUACUAACUGAGAGUGACUCUUCUUUGAGAGAGAUUCAUGGGCUUAUGUACUAUGUAUUGCAACUUUAUCCCAAUUGUUCAACUUCUGGGUAGCAUGCAGUUGGCGGAUAAUACUAAAUUAAGUUGAAUAAUACAAUGCAUUUAUACACA